AGCAGGGCUGCCGGCGACCUGCGUCCGAGCGCGCGGAGCCCUGCGCCUGGCCGGGGUCGGUCCGAAGUCCGCGCUAUGGAAGAGGAGAAAUACUUGCCUGAGCUGAUGGCAGAAAAAGAUAGCCUGGAUCCAUCUUUUGUGCACGCCUCGCGCCUGCUAGCCGAAGAAAUUGAAAAAUUUCAAGGUUCUGAUGGAAAAAAGGAAGAUGAAGAAAAGAAAUAUCUUGAUGUCAUCAGCAACAAAAACAUAAAGCUCUCAGAAAGGGUAUUGAUUCCUGUCAAACAGUAUCCAAAGUUCAAUUUUGUGGGGAAAUUGCUUGGACCAAGAGGAAACUCCUUGAAGAGGCUACAGGAAGAAACAGGUGCUAAAAUGUCUAUCCUGGGCAAAGGAUCAAUGAGAGAUAAAGCAAAGGAAGAAGAACUAAGGAAGAGUGGGGAAGCCAAAUAUGCACACUUGAGUGAUGAACUUCAUGUAUUAAUUGAAGUGUUUGCUCCACCUGGGGAAGCUUAUUCACGUAUGAGUCAUGCAUUGGAAGAGAUCAAAAAAUUUCUGGUUCCCGACUACAAUGAUGAAAUUCGUCAAGAACAACUACGUGAAUUAUCUUACUUAAAUGGCUCAGAGGACUCUGGUCGUGGCAGAGGUAUUAGAGGCAGAGGGAUCAGAAUAGCUCCCACAACUCCUUCAAGGGGCCGUGGGGGUGCCAUUCCUCCUCCCCCACCACCUGGACGAGGCGUUCUCACCCCUCGAGGGACCACUGUGACCCGUGGUGCUCUUCCAGUGCCCCCUGUAGCGAGAGGCGUCCCUACCCCACGAGCACGGGGUUCACCCACUGUGCCAGGAUACAGGGCACCCCCUCCUCCAGCCCACGAGGGGUAUGAAGAGUAUGGUUAUGAUGAUGGCUAUGGGGGUGAAUACGAUGACCAGACAUAUGAGACUUAUGACAAUAGCUAUGCCACCCAAGCACAAAGUGUGCCUGAGUACUAUGACUAUGGUCAUGGAGUAAGUGAGGAUGCCUAUGACAGCUACGCACCAGAAGAAUGGGCCAUGACCCGCUCCAGCCUGAAGGCACCACCACCAAGGUCAGCCCGAGGGGGAUACAGGGAGCACCCCUAUAGUAGAUACUGAGGGUUCUCCUCGCCUGUGACCUCACCUCAAAGACAAUUCAUAGCCUGUGGUCUCCACAUAAACAGCAACAUGA